AUGGUCAAUUCCGUAUUAGAGGUUGCUGCCUUAUUCUCAAGUCGCCGCCAGUCGCGACGAUCCCUGCCAUCUGUCUCAUCAGACGAUACCCGUUAUCACAAUAUUAAGACUUUGUUCAAAAAUUUUUGUAACAGGACGAGUUCUCACGGUGUUCCAUUUUUGGGAUCUCCUUCGUUUUUUGGAUGGCGGGUUUGGAUGGUGGUAUGCUUCUGCGCUGCUACGCUUUUCCUCUUUCAGACAUAUUGGACCCUUUCGGAAUAUUUUCAGUACAGAACCAUUAUAGAAAUGCAAUUACGAUUUGAAGCAGCCCCAUUCCCAGCAGCUACAGUAUGUAAUCUAAACGCCUUCAAAUACAGUGAACUUAUACAGUAUGAAGAGAUCAAAGAAGGGUUUGAUUAUUGGGAAAGAGUGAUCAAUGCGCGGGAGAUGAAUGAAAUGCUGAGAGAGGAUCAAGGUCUAAUGAAUAAAGUGGAUUUAAGGCAAAAACGGGCCCCACUGAACUUUCCGAUCGAUGAGCAUGAUUUGCAAGGAGCUGUUUAUCAGCCGGUUUUUGUUAGAUGCACCUGUCUGAAUACGGAACAAUGCGUCCCAAACAGAAAUCCUCUGGAGGUAAACGCUUCUGUAUGUAUGUGCUUUGAAGAUGUCACUAAAGGAAUCAUUUGGCCGUGUUAUCCAACCAGUGUUUGGACUGUCAAGAAAUGCUCUCAUUGUUCGGCUAUAUCCAACACCUGUUCCGAUCCCGAUCAUCAUAAUGGGACCAGCCAUCAGAAAGCGGGACCAGUGCAACCUUGCCUCUGUCAAAGUAUUUCACACCACUGCAUGGAUGAGAUCAAAUGGUGGAAUCCAAAUAACUAUACGAUUUUCCCGGCCACAGACCCUCCCACGACCAUCGUUACCGAAACUGAGCAGGCUUUUGGACUGUCGGAGCUGAAAGACAAAGGUGCGAUCACAACUCAGACGAAAGAAAAUCUGAUUUUCUUGGUUGCUGCUUUGCCUCGAGACACUCGACGGAAUCUUUCCUACACUUUAAAUGAAUUCGUUCUUCGAUGUUCUUUCAACAGUAAAGAUUGCAAUAUGGAACGAGACUUUAAGCUGCACGUUGACCCCGAAUACGGAAACUGUUAUACUUUCAAUUUCAACGAUUCGGUAGAGUUAAAGAACAGUAGAGCUGGUCCCAUGUAUGGUUUGCGUCUCUUGCUAGACGUUCAUCAAGACGAUUACAUGCCAACUACUGAAGCUGCUGGUGUUCGCAUAGUUGUACACGAGCAAGAUCAGGAACCAUUCCCGGAUACGUUUGGGUACAGCGCUCCUACCGGAUUUGUUUCGUCAUUUGGGCUAAAAACGAAAGUCCUUCAUCGAAUGGAUGCACCAUACGGACAAUGCAGUGAUACUUUUCGACCUGAACGAUAUAUCUAUGACGAACAUUACUCUCCUGAAGGCUGCCAUCGGAACUGUUUCCAACUAAAAGUACUAGAUCAAUGUGGUUGUGGAGAUCCACGUUUUCCGCUUCCAUCGGAUGAAAAACGUUACUGUAGCGCGAAAAGCGUCACUGACAGGCAAUGUCUUUCCAAUUUAACCAGCUUGUCUGGUGGAUAUCAUCAUCUACAGCUGGAGUGCGAUUGUCGCCAGCCAUGCACUGAAAAUGUGUUUGAAACUGCUUACUCAGCAGCUGCAUGGCCUUCAGUGAAUUUCAAAAUUGGCGUGGACUGCCCGGCUGUUCUGGACAUUUUCAAUGAUACCGAGGCUUGCACUGAAUACUAUCGUGUCAACACAGCUUAUAUCGAAAUUUACUAUGAACAGCUGAACUUUGAGACCUUGCGAGAGACAGCUGGCUAUACUGUAAGCUUCACCAAAGGGGAUCUCAUCCUACCUCUCUCACUGUUUGACGCCGAAACCAACUAUCCAAACAUGACUUUUGAUUUGAUACCGUAUCUCUAUGUAACUUCCGAUGACCCAGAUGAUCUACUGAAAAAGAUCAAAUUCUAUCUGCCUGGUGCUGAAGAUACGGAGAUAAGUAAAACAGCUUUAUCCAUCUCUUCUAUGAGGAAGACCUUCACCACAGUCAUCGAUCAGAAGAAACCCUGGUUUGGCGAGGGUUCGACAUUAUCAGUGACGAGUAAACUGACAAAAGCUGAGGCAUCUACGUUGCGGGGGAUACUGUAUGUGACUACUGUGGCUCCAAUUGUUGUAGACGCAGCUAAUCCUGUCUUCGACGCUUGGAAGAUACCCCCUACCGGAACCAUCUUUGAUUUCAAAUCGGCCACCACCGCUGUUUUUCUCAACAACGCACCGUCUACCAGAACUUUGCUAUCCGAUUUCAGCUUGGAUCCGGACGUUGAACUGUCGCUGAUAUCUGGUAUACCUAACGGAGUUGUAAAAUAUCCGAUUGCCACUUACAAAAACGACAACAGAACCAUAGACCCAGUUAUACUUAUUCAACGCGCAUUUACCGUAACGACCACCGGAAAAGCACAAUUUUCUUUGAAGGGAGAUGUUACAGAAGAAGACGAUGAGGUGAGGACGACACCGGCUGCGGGUUUCUUUGUAUCUUCAGAGUACCCGAUGAAGACUGGAGGGGCUUAUGAGGAGAAAGUUACCUACAAUAGAAAAAUGAAAUUCUCAGUGAAUGGCACCGUGAAUUUGAAUGAUGGCGAAACGCUAGUGUUGUAUUUCGUAAAUGUCAAAAAUGCACCUAUGGAAGUAGUGAGAGCGCUGACCUACAACAAAUCCGGACCAAUAACAGCGAACGAAGUGGCGGAACAACUAAAGAUUCAACCGUCAUGUAAACAAGCUGGAGCGUUUCUGAUAUAUUAUACUACUGAAGAGUCAGGCUUACCGAUAGAUCCAACCAAAGGACCAACCAUGUUACCUCCAUCGGGUAAGUGUACUCCAUAA